UCUGCUAACAUCUACACACCAUUUUCUGAAGAUUCUGAAGAUUCAAGAUCGUUUUUGGGUUGGAAAGUGAGGGAGCAGGGCGAAGGAGUGUUCUCUUUGUUGCCUUCGUUAUUAUACAUGUAAUGCAGCACCAACUACGUCAGCGAGAUUUACCGAUUACUAUGCGUUAACACGAAGAGUACGAUCUUAGAUGGAGUGCUAUUCGUUUAGACUGUCAAAUGGACUUUUCUCAUUCUCACCAAAUGGGCUAUUUGCUGCUAUCUGCAAUCAACAAAGACUUGCUGUGUACCUGGUUUCUGAUUUCAGGCAAAUUCGGGUGAUCCAAUGCUCAGAAAUAGUUGAGUAUAUAGAAUGGAGUACCGAUUCAGAGCUUUUAUUAAGUGCCUACCUUAAGAAGGGGAAACUAGAUGUAUGGUCUAUAGUUCAACCGGAAUGGAAAUGCAAAAUAUCCACUGGUAGUCUUGGACUAAUAGCAGCACAGUUUGCUCCUUCUUCUCGCCAUGUCUUAACAACUGCAAAUCUUCAUCUCAGAAUAACCAUAUGGUCCCUUACUGACCAGAAUGUGUGCCACAUAAAUUUGCCAAAGCAAGCCAAUCCUGGCAUAGAUUUUAGUGUUGCAGGUCUUUACAUGGCUGUAGUGGAAAGAAGAAUGGCACAAGACUGUGUUGCUAUUUAUACAUGUGACACUUGGGCCCAAGUAACUCUAAUAGGUGGUGAAGCCAUUGACAUUGGUGGUGUGAAGUGGUCUCCAGAUGGUACGAAAAUAGCUAUUUGGGACGGAAGUCAUCCGGGGAAACUUGGAAUUUAUUUAAUCAGCGGUUCAAAACUAGCCGACUUGACAGAUGUUUUCGGCAUUCACAGCAUUGAAUGGUCUCCCACUGCGCAAAUUCUUGCAGUUGCUGCUGUCGGUUGUAAAGUGAAGCUUAUCAAUCACCUGUCGUGGAAUGCGAUUUCUACCUUAAAUCAUCCUGACAAGAUUCGGGAUAGCACGUGCAUUGUUUACUGCGAGGUUGAAGAUAAACUGAAAUAUCAAUUGAGAAACGAACGUCCUUUUGCACUGCCUGGUGGAUCAUCCAUAGGACAACUUCUCAUGACUUUCAGUGUAGACGCUCGCUACUUGGCCGUCCAAGAUCAGCAACGUCCACGUGUGCUAUGGGUUUGGGAACUGCCAUUUUUCACGCUGAAAAGCGUUUUGGUACAUUGCUCAGCUAUUAAAUGCUUUAAGUGGUCCAAUACUGAUCCACGAUUGGCCAUUGUCUGUGGAACUGGUAAUCUUUACGCUUGGACACCUAGGGGUUGUGCUGUUACGGAUCUACGGUCUGCAGGCAUUAACAUUGCAUCUUUGAAGGCAGACCGGGCAGAAUGGGACAUUAGUGGUGAACAUUUGAUGAUUUCGGGUAAGGAUACAGGUAGCGUGUGUCAAGUGAAAUUCUUAUUAACAGAAAGUAUUUAACCAGAUAAAGCAUAUCUUGUAUAAUUUCAUACAAAUAUAUAUAUAUGGCACCAGGA